AUGGUUGCUUUCAAGUACCUCCUUCUCUCUGCCGCCGCCGUCUUUGGCGUUCUGGCCCAGGAUGAGGGAUCCGACGCCGAUGCCGCUGCCGCCUGGGCCCAGAUCAGUGGUGGCGAUGAUUCCCUCGCCGUGGGAAACACCAACCUGAAGCGCUUCGCAUCUGAGGCCCGCACCACUACCGGUGGAGAUAUGGGCGAUCCGUACUGGGGCGACUACUGCCGUGCCCCCUUCACCAAGCCUCCCUGCGCGACUACCUGCAACCGCAACAACUGCUUCCGCGGCUUCCUCAACAUCCGUGACGGAUCGGAUGGCAAGCAUUGCCCCAUCAACGCUUUCUCCUUCUGCUGCGGCUGGAACUGGCUGCCUCCCUUUGUCAAGCUCUGGGCUGUCAAGUGCGGCGCGCUGUACACGCUUGCUCCGUACUCAGCCAACUGCAACAGCCCCGGCGACACCCCCGCGCAGAUCGUCGCCAAGGUCGACGACGUCUGCGGCUGCACGCUCAACCACGAGGUCCUCGUCGACAAGUCCAGCGACUACUACAAGGCCAAGUGCUACGGCCCCAACGACUCUCACUGCAAGAACAAGAAGUGA